GGGGGGGUGGACUCGGGCAGUGACGUCCAUGGAGGAGAGGCCUUUCAUAAGUUCCAGCCUUCCUGUGGCCACAGCAGGACCAGAGGGGACCAGCACACCCCAGGAGAGAGGGCCGGUGUCCCAGGAGGAGGAGGAGGCCAAGCACCAUGCGCUCCCGAGCCCCCACAUGCCUCGGCCUCUGCCUCUGGCUGUGGCUGGGUGCCAUCCUCGGACGAGAGCAAGGACACGCAAGUGGCCGCCUGAGGCUGGCUGUGCUUCCCGAGGACCAGCUGCAGAUGAAGUGGAGAGAGUCAGAGGGGAGCGGCCUUGGCUACCUGGUGCAAGUGAAGCCCAUGGCAGGCGACUCAGAACAGGAGGUGAUACUGACCACCAAGACCCCCAAGGCCACGGUGGGGGGCCUGAGCCCCUCCAAGGGUUACACCUUGCAGAUCUUCGAGCUCACUGGCUCCGGGCACGUCCUGCUGGCUCGGAGGGAGUUUGUGAUUGAGGAACUGAAGAGUAGCUCCCUGGACAGGAGCAGCCGGAGGAGCCUCAGCUCUGGAACCCCGGAGCCUACCCCCUCCCUCGUGGGGAGCCCAGGCCCUGAGCAGGCGUCAGAGCCCCGAGUUGCCUUCGAGCCAAGCCGGGAUCUGCCCACUCCUGCUGCCCCCCAGUUUCGCUGCCUGCCCCCCAUGCCUGCUGACAUGGUCUUCCUGGUGGACGGGUCCUGGAGCAUCGGCCACAGUCACUUCCAGCAGGUCAAGGACUUCCUGGCCAGUGUCAUCACGCCCUUUGAAAUCGGGCCGGAUAAGGUCCAAGUAGGCCUGACACAGUACAGCGGGGACGCCCAGACCGAGUGGGACCUGAACUCCCUUGGGACCAAGGAGCAGGUGCUGGCAGCCGUGCGCCACCUCCGCUACAAGGGCGGGAACACAUUCACAGGCCUUGCCCUGACCCACGUGCUGGGACAGAACCUGCAGCCGGCAGCUGGUGUGCGUCCAGAGGCGGCCAAGGUGGUGAUUCUGGUGACGGACGGCAAGUCGCAGGAUGACGUGCAUACCGCUGCCUGCAUCCUCAAGGACCUGGGUGUGAUCGUCUUCGCUGUGGGUGUGAAGAACGCGGAUGAGGCUGAACUGAGGCUCCUGGCGUCCCCGCCACAGGACAUCACUGUCCACAAUGUGCUGGGCUUCCCGCAGCUUGGCGCGCUGGCCGGCCUGCUCAGCCGCCUCAUCUGCCAGAGGCUCCAGCGUGGGGGCCUGUGGUGGGGUCCAGCAGCGGCUCCGGCCCUGGACACCCUCCCUGCCCCUACCAGCCUGGUCCUGACCCAGGUGACCUCCUCCAGCAUCCGCCUGUCCUGGACUCCGGCCCCGCAGCUGCCCCUCAAGUAUCUGAUCAUGUGGCAGGCCUCCAGAGGUGGCACCCCCAGAGAGGUGGUGGUGGAAGGGCCGGCCACCUCCGUGGAGCUGCACAACCUGACCUCACACACAGAGUACCUGGUCUCCGUGCUCCCUGUCUACGAGGGCGGGGUCGGCGAGGGCCUGCAGAGCUUGGCGACCACAGCACCUCUGCCUCCACCCCGGGCACUGACCCUGGCCGCACUGACACCCAGAACCAUCCGCCUCACCUGGCAGCCCUCGGCGGGGGCCACCCACUACCUGGUACAAUUGUUGCCUGCCUCCUCGAAGAGGGAGGAGGAGGAGAGAGAGGUGCAGGUGGGGCGGCCUGAGGUGCUGCUGGACGGCCUGGAGCCAGGCAGGGACUAUGAGGUCUUGGUGCAGAGCCUGUGGGGCCUGGAGGCCAGUGAGGCCCGGGGCAUCCAUGUCAGGACUCCCACCCUGGCCCCCCCGAGACACCUGGGCUUUUCGGAUGUGAGCCAUGACUCGGUGCGAGUGUUCUGGGAGCGCACCCCCAGGCCUGUGCGCCUGAUCAGGGUCACCUAUGUCUCCAGCGAGGGCGGACACUCGGGACAGACAGAGGCUCCUGGGAACACCACCUCAGCCACGUUGGGGCCCCUCUCUUCCUCCACCACCUACACCGUCCGCGUCACCUGCCUCUACCCCAGGGGUGGCUCCUCCACGCUGACCAGCCAGGUCACCACCAAGAAAGCACCCAGCCCCAGCCAGCUGUCCAUGACGGAGCUGCCAGGGGACGAGGUACGGCUGUCAUGGGUGGCUGCAGCUCCAUCUGGCGUGCUCGUGUACCAGAUCAAGUGGACGCCUCUGGGAGAGGGCAAGGCUCACGAGAUCUCUGUCCCAGGGAACCUUGGCUCAGCUGUCCUGCCUGGCCUGGGGAGGCACGUGGAGUACAAUGUCACCAUCCUGGCCUACUACAGGGAUGGGGCCCGCAGCGACCCUGUGUCCCUCCACUAUGCCCCCUCCACGGUGAGCAGGAGCCCCCCCUCCAACCUGGCCCUGGCCUCAGAGACCCCCGACAGCCUGCAGGUCAGCUGGACACCCCCUCAUGGCCCCGUGCUCCGAUACCAGCUCACCUAUGCGCCCGCCACUGGCUCAGGACCUGAGAAAUCAGUCUCCGUGCCAGGACCCAGGAACCACGUGACACUCCCUGACCUGCAGGCAGCCACCAAGUACAGGGUCCUCGUGUCAGCUGUCUACACAGCAGGCAAGAGUGAGGCUGUCUCUGCCACGGGCCAGACGGCAACCUGCCCGGCCCUCCGCCCGGACGGCUCCCUCCCAGGGUUUGACCUGAUGGUGACCUUCGGUCUGGUGGAGAAGGCUUAUGCUUCCAUCCGAGGCGUGGCCAUGGAGCCCUCUGCCUUUGGUGAGGCCCCGACCUUCACGCUCUUCAAGGACGCCCAGCUGACAAGACGGGUCAGUGACAUCCACCCAGCCCCGCUCCCACCAGAGCACACCAUCGUCUUCCUCGUGCGCCUGCUUCCCGAAACGCCCCGUGAGGCCUUUGCACUGUGGCAGAUGACGGCCGAGGACUUCCAGCCUGUUCUCGGGGUUCUCCUGGACGCCGGGAGGAAGUCCCUGACCUACUUCCACCGAGACCCCAGGGCUGCCUUGCAGGAGGCCACCUUCGACCCACAGGAAGUGAGGAAGAUUUUCUUUGGGAGCUUCCACAAGGUGCAUGUGGCUGUGGGCCGCUCCAAGGUCAGGCUGUACGUGGACUGCCGGAAGGUGGCUGAGCGGCCCCUCGGGGAGGUGGGCAGCCCUCCUGCUGCCGGCUUCAUCACACUGGGGAGGCUGGCCAAGGCCAGGGGCCCCCGGAGCAGCUCCGCCGCGUUUCAGCUUCAGAGGCUGCAGAUCGUGUGCAGUGACACCUGGGCCGAUGAGGACCGCUGCUGUGAGCUCCCAGCCUCGAAGGAUGGAGAGACCUGCCCGGCCUUUGUGUCUGCCUGUACCUGUUCCUCAGAGACCCCUGGACCCCCAGGGCCCCAAGGACCCCCAGGCCUCCCAGGGAGGAAUGGCACCCCAGGAGAGCAGGGCUUCCCAGGGCCCAGGGGAGAGCCGGGGCCACCCGGACAGAUGGGACCAGAAGGCCCUGGAGGCCAGCAGGGGUCACCAGGGACCCAGGGCCGUGCAGUCCAGGGGCCUGUGGGUCCACCAGGGGUCAAAGGAGAGAAGGGGGACCACGGGCUCCCAGGCUUACAGGGCCACCCCGGCCACCAAGGCGUCCCCGGAAGAGUUGGCCUCCAGGGACCAAAGGGAAUGAGGGGCCUGGAGGGAACUGCUGGUCUGCCCGGACCCCCUGGCCCCAGGGGCUUCCAGGGCAUGGCAGGAGCCAGGGGCGCUACUGGAGACCGAGGACCCCCAGGGGCUGUGGGACCCACAGGACUGCCAGGGCCCAAAGGGGAACGAGGUGAGAAGGGUGAGCCCCAGUCCCUCGCUACCCUCUACCAGCUCGUGAGCCAGGCCUGUGAGUCCGCCAUCCAGGCACACGUGUCAAAGUUCGACUCCUUCUUCCACGAGAACACCAGGCCCCCCAUGCCCAUCUUGGAGCAGAAGCUGGAGCCAGGUGCUGAGCCCCUGGGGUCCCCUGGCACCCACAUCGAGGCCCUGCUUCCUGGAAGAAGGGGGCAUGGUGGCGGCCAUCUUGAGGGCAGAGGUACUGGGCUCCUGGCCUCCCCAGUACAGGGAGGGAGUGUGGGGGGGGGGCCCGGCUGUCCCUUGGUCCUGGGGCUGGGGUCUCACUCUGUGUCACCACAGCAGCCACUCCUGGAGACGCCACUGUCCAGCCUCUGGGGUGCUAGGAUAAGGACACGGGGCUUUCCUGAGCCCACACAAAGCCAGUCAUGGCACAGAGGUUGGCCUCGGCCUGGCCUCCCAGGAACCUCAAGGUGACCCUUUCCCAGUCUCCAGGAAACAUGAGCUGCCCGCUUAGGGCCACCCAUGAGUGCCCAGCCUCCCUCCCAUCCUCCUCCCUCCCUCUCCUGUCCUCCCAUCCUCCCACCCUCUCGUCCUCCUGGCUGCUGCUUCCCCCGCCUCUCCCCACUCAGUACAGAGCCGCAGGCUCCCGUGACCUGGUUGGCAGUCCUCCUCCUCUGAGGCGGCAGUGGCAGGUCAUGGCCUGGACACUGAGAUGGAGGAGAGGCUGAUUCGGGGAGUUGGGGCCAGAGAGGGGCGUCCGUGGGGAGGACGGACCAGGGGAUGACCCAGCUGGACAAGAACAGUUCUGCACUGGCCGGGGCAGCAGCGGGGGCAUGUCUGCUCUGCUCGGGCAUCAGCUGAAUCCCACCCCUUACCCCACAGACAUCUCAGGAAACUGGGGGCAACCUGGAGGGAGCCCCAUGGGUUGUGGGGGCCCCUGCCCCGGCCUUGGGAGCUGCCCACGGUGGCCUGGUUACGGCCUGGCAGAUGCAGGGCGCAUCACUGCUCAGAAUAAACGGCCCCUUCUGUA